AAACUGCAUUGCCUUCAGCUAUUUGACAGUUGGGUGCAUUUUUGUAGAAUCGCAUCAUUAUAAUCCACUCCCAAAGGGAAAAUCGACGUUCAAGACUAGUAUUAUUGCAAUAUUUGUGGGAUACUAAAAAAGGCUAUCAUUUGGUAUAGCAUCAGCUCAGUGAAUUAUCACCGUAAUCUUCAACCAUCAACCGUCAGAAUGAGACUGAGCAAAGUUGAUCCGAGUUCAUAUUCAACGCCCGAGGAUGAGGUGAUCAAAAACAUCGAUUUAGAGUGGAACAUUGAUUUUGAGCGGCAUGUGGUCAGUGGCACAGCCGUUUAUACGAUUAAGAUAUUGGCGGCCAGCGUUGAGACAAUUUUUUUGGAUGUCUACGACAUUACCAUUAAGAAUAUUGCUGUGAAAACUGCUGGCACCGAAAUUCCAGUGAACUAUUUCGUCUCUGAUUAUGUUAAGAACAUGGGAUCCAAAUUAACCAUUGAGCUUCCAACAAAAACUAGUGGAAGUUUGGUACUUUCCAUUGAAUACGAAACGUCUCCCAAAGCGGCUGCCCUACAAUGGCUUACUCCUGAGCAAACUCUAGGCAAAACUCAGCCGUACAUGUACAGUCAGUGUCAGGCAAUUGCUGCUCGCUCCUUGCUUCCGUGCCAAGAUACUCCAGCAGUCAAAUUCACUUACACUGCCACCGUUACCCAUCCGAAAGAGUUGACAGCUCUGCUAAGUGCCAUUCGUGUCAACAGUACCGCUGGUCGGACAAUCUAUGAGCAGAAGAUUCCAGUACAGAGCUAUCUGUUAGCUAUUGCUGUCGGAGCGAUCGUUUCCCGACAAAUUGGUCCAAGUUCCAAAGUAUGGGCUGAGGAAGCCAUUGUCGAUGAGGCUGCUGAAGAAUUUUCCAAAACUUCGAGCAUGCUCCAAACAGCGUCUGACAUUUGUGGCACAUACGUUUGGAAAGAAUAUGAUUUGCUGGUGAUGCCUCCGUCGUUUCCAUUCGGCGGCAUGGAAAAUCCUUGUUUGACAUUCGUCACACCAACACUGCUGGCUGGUGACAAAUCGCUUACCAAUGUCAUUGCACACGAAAUUGCUCACAGCUGGACUGGUAAUUUGGUCACAAAUGUGAACUUUGAACAUUUCUGGUUGAACGAAGGAUUCACAACUUUCGUUGAGGCAAAAAUUGUUGGACGCUUGGAUGGUGAUUUGGCCAGAGAUUUCCAUGCCAUUCAAGGUCUUCAGCAAUUGAAAGAUUGUAUUGAGAAUCAAUUGGCUGACACACCUGCUCUGACGAAAUUGGUGGUGGAUUUGACCAGUGUCAGUCCGGAUGAUGCAUUUUCCUCUGUCCCGUACAAAAAAGGGGCAACAUUUUUGCGUUACUUGGAAGAUCUGCUGGGUGGUCCAACAUCUUUCGAACCCUUUCUGCGACACUAUUUCAACAAGUACAAGUACCAGUCGAUUACAUCCGACGACUUCAAGGCCACAUUGUACGAGUAUUACCGCGAAAAGUACGAAAAGGAAUUGGAACAAGUUGACUGGGACACCUGGUUCUACGGCGAAGGGAUGCCACCGAUAAUUCCGAAUUACAACACCACCCUUGCCGACAUUGCCCACAAGCAUGCCAACUUUUGGAUUGGAAAUUCGGUUGACCAAAUCAAAAAGGACAUGCCGCCCGAGAAACUCACAACGUUGCAGAAGGUCGAAUUUUUGUCUAAAUUGAACGAGGCACAGAACAUUGUUGGCAUAUCAUCCGAGUGGAUUGCAUUGCUGGAGACCACGCACGAUCUGAACAAAACGAAAAAUUCCGAAAUUCAGUUUGCCUUCUAUCGACUGUGUGUGAAAGCGCGACAGUUCGACCGAUUGGAUGACAUUUUGGCCUUUAUCAACAGCAAUUUCCGCAUGAAAUUCGUGAGGCCCAUUUACAAAGAGUUGGGUCAGUGGUCGGAGGCCAGAGAUAUUGCCAUUGCCAAUUACAACAAAGUUAAGGAUCAGAUGAUGGCCGUUUGCUCGAACCAAGUCGGCAAGGAUCUUGGUGUGGCCUGAUGUGCUACGGGAACGUGACGAUGAAAUCGCAUUCAUUUUGUACGAUCGCUUUUAUACUACAAAUUGAAAUAAAAAAUGUGUUUUGAGCUUAA